GCAGAGUAUGUUCUAAAUGCACUUCUUUCACAACAUGUACUGACACUACAGCGUAGAUGGUGAAAUCCUGUUGAGAUUUUGAUGUAGAGUGGGGAUAUUCCAUUUUGCUCAUCAUGCAAACAUUGAGCCUGCUGUUUUAUCUCUGAUGACAUCUCCAGGAGUGACUUCUGUAUUCUGUGGUGUCAAUAUAAAAUGCUGCCGUUGUUAGAGCAUACCAAGCCAGAACUCUACUUUUAUGAAAUGUCUUUCUCAAGGUCUGUGAGGACUCUGGUUACUUUUUCCAGUGGAGCUGCAACUGGAUUCCUGACUUGUUAUUUGUUAUUCAAUUCCUUGUUAGUAUACAACACAAAGUUUACAUCACAUCUGCUGUUGAAUAACCCACAUGGAAGCCAUUUGAAAGACCCAGACAUUCAUCAGUUAAUGGGACAAAUGGAUUUCCAUACAGAUCUUCUACAGCAUAAAGGAGAAGACAGAAGUGCCUCAGAAUCACUGUAUAAGAAGGUACGAGUUCUCUGCUGGGUGAUGACAGGGCCGCAGAACUUGGAGACAAAAGCUAAACAUGUAAAGAGCACUUGGGCCCAGGACUGUAACAAAGUGCUGUUCAUGAGCUCAGAGGAGAACAAAGACUUUCCCACAGUGAGACUAGAAACUAAGGAGGGCCGAGAUCAGCUCUACUGGAAAACUAUCAAAGCCUUCCAGUAUGUAUAUGACCAUCACUUGGAUGAAGCAGACUGGUUUAUGAAGGCCGACGAUGACACCUUUGUGAUACUUGACAAUCUAAGAUGGCUUCUGUCAAAAUACAGUCCUGACCAACCCAUUUACUUCGGAAAGAGGUUUAAACCGUAUGUUAAACAAGGGUACAUGAGCGGAGGAGCUGGUUAUGUGUUAAGUAAGGAGGCACUAAAGAGAUUUGUUGAUGGAUUUAAAACACAGAAAUGCAAUCAUUCCAGUAUUGUUGAAGACCUGGAAUUAGGUCGCUGCAUGGAGAGGUUAAAUGUUAAAGCUGGGGACUCAAGAGACACACUUAAGAAAGAAACAUUUCAUCCUUUCUCUCCACAAAGUCACUUAACUAAAAAUCGUUUCUCUAAACAAUUCUGGUAUUUCAGGUACAGCUAUUACCCCAUCAUACAGGGGCCUGGAUGCUGUUCUGAUUUUCCAGUGUCUUUCCAUUAUAUUGAUGCUAAACAAAUGUAUGUGUUGCAGUACCUCACUCACCAUCUCCGUCCAUAUGGUUACAUGUACAGGUAUAAUCCAGAGGAAACACUAAAUCAAUGAAGAAAACCAAAAAAUACAGGGAGAGGGAAAUACGAUUAAAUACCUUUGACAUAUAAAAUCUGUAUUUUUAUUACAUUAAUAAUAAAAAGUUGUAUACAUAACACACUUCUUUUGGAAAUCUGCAUAUACUAUGAAAGCCAUGUUUAUCUUGUUUUGUAUUUCCCCUGAAAUCUAUUAAAUUGUUAUGGAUGAGGAACAAGGAAUUCUUCGUACUACCAAGAAUUCCUUGCUACCAUCUAAAACUUUGCUUUAAAGCUAACAUAAAAUCUUCUCAUUCAGGGGAUCAUCUAGUUAUGUUGUGCUAGUAAUGACACAGUUCAUAUCUUGUUUUCCAGGUAAUUGUAUAAUGUUACAUCAUGUCAAAGUGUUGUGGAAGAAUGAUCACUUCCACUAUGUUGGAACUGCCUCUGUCUUUGAUGAUGUGUUUUUGGUUUGGUUUUGUAAAACUUGGAAAAGUGGGGGGAACUGCUUUUUUCCUUUUCUCUGAGUUUGUACAAUCUCAGAGUUAGUAUAUGUAGAGAUGUGGUACCUGUCCCCAAACAAGGGCUCAC